GCUGGGCUGCCAACAACUCAGCCCAAAAUCUACCUCUACUCGCCAUUCCGGUUCGGUUCCGGUGUUAUUUAUAUUUGUGCCGGGCAGUGGGAUCGUGGAACGUGCGUAGAAUAGUAUGAACUUUCCGUGAUGAGUGGUGAAAAUUAUCGUAGUGCAACGAAAUCACACGAGCCGGGCUGGAAUGAUCCGCCAAAAGUUCCGGCUGGUGCCAGCGGCAGCGGUUCACAGCAGCCAAAACUUGCACUCAACAAACGGGUGGCGUUUCCGUUGCAAAGUCGGCCGCCCGCGGUCCAACCGACGAAUGGACCACCGGGGGCACCUCCCAUCAUUCAACCACCACUAGGGCCACCUGCAACAGCAGCACCUCCCGGUGGAGUGGCGAAGGAGCGCAAGCAGGCGGACACGGCCGAGACGAUGGUUGCCGAUCGGGAGGAAAUGCUUGCGCUGGUACGUGCCGCCCUGGACGAUUCCAUUCACCGCCUGGAGGAAUCCCGGCGUGAGGAGACGCAGAAGCGAAUCAAUCUAAUUUACGAAGCAUGGACGGCCGGGAAGCUGCCGGAAGGGCUCGAGAAGCACCUGCAUAGUCUGGCAAGCGCGCUCGAGGAGAUGGAUGCGGCCCGUGCGGGAGCAAUCCAUCGGUCGAUUAUCUGUGAUUACGGUGGCAAGUGUGCACUGUGGGCUCCGGCGCUGCGUCAGCUUAUUUUUGCGCUACCCCAACCUCAAAACGAUGAGCAAAACGAGCCGAAUGUGAUCGCUAAGCCGGUUUAGUUUACGUGCAAUUCGUUUCGUCCCGCG